AUAUUGUAGAAGUAUGAUACCGCGUAAUUACCAUCGAUAUUAAACAGGUAAGUUCGAUGUUUGAUGGUAGAGUGGAUCUAUAAUAUACAGUACGCUGAAAAAUUCCUUCGGUCAACCAGGUUGCGCGGCCUCAUUUCCAUUGAGGCUUGACACCCUCACUUCAGCAUGUCCGCCAAUUUGGACUUCCAUGACAACGCGUAGAUUUGAGGAACAUUGGACUGAGUUUGACGCGAAUAUGUCCGAACAAGUUCCCGAGAUAUAAGAUAGCAUAUGCUUAUCCACAAUCGCGCUUUUAGAGAAGACUAGAAAGUUCUAAACGUGGCUGAACCGCGCGAACGCCAGAAGCCGUGAAUGCGACAUGGAUCUUGCUGGCGGCGUGGGCUUGUUGUGGCGGCUAGCCCAGUCCUCUCUCGAGACUAUGGCUUCUUCCAUGCCCUACCCUACUGAGCAGCUAGGAUACAGCAAGUGCGUUGAAGAUGGUAAUAGAGGACGAAUAGAACAGCGAAACCUCUGUAUCAUCGUCACCCAUACUGCAAGCUCGAUAGCUCAUGGAAACGAAGGGGCUUUCAGAUAGUCCACGUGGAGAAAUCGCGCUUGAACUUAGAUGACGGAUUCGGCCAUACGGCUUACGGUCGAGACAUGUUCUGUGACUCAGGUCGAUGUCAACAAUUAAGAGGUAGUCGUAAAGUACUCGGACAGGUCCCCGAUAUCAUGCCUGAAACUGUGAGGCGGAAUUUCAGGUAAUACUGUAGAUAAGCAUAGCCCGGGGCCCGCUGAGUGCUCGGAAACAGUGACCGAGCAUCACUGCGUAUCCGGUGGCUGUUGCAACGGUGAAAAUGAUCGAAUUGGGCCAUGGGAAUACAGCCAUCGACUGGCGUUUCUGAUUACCUAGUGUCAAAAAGCAAAGAAGCAUCCGAUGAGUGGGUUUGGGCACCGGUAGUAUCACUUCGCCAGGAGUAAUCCUAGCUCAGCUU